AUGGCGCGAAUGAAAUGGGGAAGGAAUUUGUCGUGGCAAUUUGUUGAUUGUACAAGAGAGCUGGGAAUGUGUGGUGGAAGUAUGUGGCUGCGGUUUUGUACUCUUCAACAACUAUCAAGAUAUUAUGUGAUUGAAUCUUACAAUUUAGACCAUGAAUUUAUAGUGCUUGACAAAGUGUAUCAGUUCAACGUUGAGCAAAUUUCCAUGGCUUUUACUGUGAAGAAUUUUCAUGUAUUUCUUUUGGUUCUUCUUCCUCUCCUGGUUUCUUGUGAUGAGAAACAGGUGUACAUAGUGUACCUUGGAGAACAUAGUGGAGAGAAAACACAUAAUGAAAUUGAAGAAAACCAUUAUUCAUAUCUAUUCUCAGUGAAAGAAACUGUAGAAGAUGCUAAAUCCUCUCUUCUUUACAGUUACAAGUCCAGCAUCAAUGGCUUCGCGGCAUUGCUUACCCCAGAUGAAGCCUCCAAACUCUCUGAGAUCGAGGAAGUUUUGUCUGUUUUACGGAGCCAGUCAACGAAGUACUCUUUGCAGACUACUAGGUCAUGGGAAUUUUCCGGUCUACAACAAGGAGGUACAGGGUUUCAGUUGAAGAAGGACUUGUUACUGGAAUCAAGCUAUGGCCGAAAUGUUAUUGUUGGCAUGCUAGAUAGUGGUAUAUGGCCAGAAUCAAAAAGCUUCAGUGAUGAAGGAAUGGGACCCUAUCCAUCAUCAUGGAAAGGAAUUUGCCAAUCAGGAGAUGAAUUCAACUCAUCAAACUGUAACAUGAAGAUAAUAGGUGCGCGAUACUACAUCAAGGGUUACGAGGCACAGUACGGCCCUCUUGACAGAACAUUGGAUUCUCUGUCCCCUCGUGACAAGGAUGGACAUGGAACUCAUACAGCAUCAACAGUUGGAGGCCGAAGGGUUCAAAAUGUUUCUGCAUUGGGUGGAUUUGCCCGUGGCACUGCCUCAGGUGGCGCACCACUUGUCCGAUUGGCUAUCUACAAAGUCUGCUGGGCAAUUCCGGACCAGGGGAAAGAAGAAGGAAAUGCGUGUUUUAUGGAAGACAUUUUGGCUGCCAUGGAUGAUGCAAUUGGUGAUGGUGUUGAUGUAUUGAGCAUGUCAAUUGGGACAAAUAGACCCGUUCCCUUCUAUGAAGAUUCUAUUGCCAUUGGAGCGCUUCAUGCGAUCAAGAAAAAUAUAGUGGUGGCUUGCAGCGCCGGGAACUCAGGCCCUGCACCCGCUACGUUAUCUAAUACGGCUCCCUGGAUUAUCACAGUUGGUGCUAGUAGCAUCGACCGGAAGUUUUUAGCACCUAUUGUGCUAGGAAAUGGCAUGAAAAUUGAGGGACAAACAAUAACUCCAUAUAAUCUGGAAAAAAAGAUGUACCAACUAGUUUAUGCAGCCCAAAUAGUCAAUGCUGAUGUGCCAAAAGAUACCUCCGGGCAAUGUCUACCUGGUUCACUUUCACCAGAGGCAGCAAAGGGGAAGAUUGUAUUAUGUUUACGAGGGAAUGGAACAAGAUUGAAUAAAGGUUUGGAAGUGAAAAGGGCUGGUGGGAUUGGUUUCAUCUUGGGAAAUAGAAGAGAAGAUGGAGUUAUACCACCAGUUGAUGCUCAUUUUCUUCCAGCCACUGGUGUCAAUUACGAAAAUGCUCUCAAAAUUCUCAACUACAUCAAUUCUACAAAAACACCGAUGGCCUAUAUAGUUCCAGCUACGACAGAGUUAGAUAGCAAGCCAGCACCAUUCAUGGCUUCCUUCACCAGUAGAGGCCCGAGCCCAGUUUCACCCAAUAUUCUCAAGCCAGAUAUUACGGCUCCAGGGCUAUAUAUAUUGGCUGCAUGGAGUGAAGCCUCAUCUCUAACGAAGCUAGCAAAUGAUCCUCGCAUGGUGAAAUAUAAUAUCCUAUCAGGAACUUCUAUGUCCUGCCCACAUAUAGGUGCAGCAUCUGCACUUCUGAAGGCCAUACAUCCCACUUGGAGUAGUGCUGCUAUAAGAUCGGCUCUGAUAACCACAGCGGAACUGAAUGACAAUUUAGGCAACCCAAUAACUGAUGAGAAGAUAAUAGGUGCGCGAUACUACAUCAAGGGUUACGAGGCACAGUACGGCCCUCUUGACAGAACAUUGGAUUCUCUGUCCCCUCGUGACAAGGAUGGACAUGGAACUCAUACAGCAUCAACAGUUGGAGGCCGAAGGGUUCAAAAUGUUUCUGCAUUGGGUGGAUUUGCCCGUGGCACUGCCUCAGGUGGCGCACCACUUGUCCGAUUGGCUAUCUACAAAGUCUGCUGGGCAAUUCCGGACCAGGGGAAAGAAGAAGGAAAUACGUGUUUUAUGGAAGACAUUUUGGCUGCCAUGGAUGAUGCAAUUGGUGAUGGUGUUGAUGUAUUGAGCAUGUCAAUUGGGACAAAUAGACCCGUUCCCUUCUAUGAAGAUUCUAUUGCCAUUGGAGCGCUUCAUGCGAUCAAGAAAAAUAUAGUGGUGGCUUGCAGCGCCGGGAACUCAGGCCCUGCACCCGCUACGUUAUCUAAUACGGCUCCCUGGAUUAUCACAGUUGGUGCUAGUAGCAUCGACCGGAAGUUUUUAGCACCUAUUGUGCUAGGAAAUGGCAUGAAAAUUGAGGGACAAACAAUAACUCCAUAUAAUCUGGAAAAAAAGAUGUACCAACUAGUUUAUGCAGCCCAAAUAGUCAAUGCUGAUGUGCCAAAAGAUACCUCCGGGCAAUGUCUACCUGGUUCACUUUCACCAGAGGCAGCAAAGGGGAAGAUUGUAUUAUGUUUACGAGGGAAUGGAACAAGAUUGAAUAAAGGUUUGGAAGUGAAAAGGGCUGGUGGGAUUGGUUUCAUCUUGGGAAAUAGAAGAGAAGAUGGAGUUAUACCACCAGUUGAUGCUCAUUUUCUUCCAGCCACUGGUGUCAAUUACGAAAAUGCUCUCAAAAUUCUCAACUACAUCAAUUCUACAAAAACACCGAUGGCCUAUAUAGUUCCAGCUACGACAGAGUUAGAUAGCAAGCCAGCACCAUUCAUGGCUUCCUUCACCAGUAGAGGCCCGAGCCCAGUUUCACCCAAUAUUCUCAAGCCAGAUAUUACGGCUCCAGGGCUAUAUAUAUUGGCUGCAUGGAGUGAAGCCUCAUCUCUAACGAAGCUAGCAAAUGAUCCUCGCAUGGUGAAAUAUAAUAUCCUAUCAGGAACUUCUAUGUCCUGCCCACAUAUAGGUGCAGCAUCUGCACUUCUGAAGGCCAUACAUCCCACUUGGAGUAGUGCUGCUAUAAGAUCGGCUCUGAUAACCACAGCGGAACUGAAUGACAAUUUAGGCAACCCAAUAACUGAUGAGUUUGGCAAGACAGCAGAUCCUUUCCAAUUUGGAUCAGGUCAUUUUAGGCCAACAAAAGCAGCGGAUCCUGGACUUGUGUAUGAUGCAUCAUACACUGACUAUCUUCUUUUCCUCUGCAGCAUUGGGAUUACGAACCUGGAUUCUUCCUUCAAGUGUCCUAUAAAGCCACCCUCUCCUUCUAAUCUCAAUUAUCCGUCCCUCGCCAUUCCCGAACUCAAUGGCACUACUACUGUAGAGCGAAAAGUCACAAAUGUUGGCGGCAGUAAGAGUGUCUAUUUCAUCAAAGUUAAACCACCACCGGGAUUCUUGGUGACGGUCUCACCUUCAAUUUUAUUCUUUAAUCAAGUUGGCGAGAUGAAGACAUUCACCAUCACAGUAAAAGCAAGCAGCGUAAAUAAAGGCAUGGAGAAAGACAAGUAUGCAUUUGGGUGGUAUACCUGGUUUGAUGGAAUCCACAGUGUCCAAAGUCCUAUUGCAGUUUCACUCGCAUAGAUUUUUUUCCUUUUGCUUUUGUGGUUAAUUUCAUGUUUACG